AGAAAAAUACUGAGGGACACCAUUCAGGGUAUCACGAAACCGGCGAUCCGUCGCCUGGCACGUCGGGGUGGUGUCAAGCGUAUCUCAGCCACCAUAUACGAUGAGAUGCGCAAGGUGCUCAAGAUUUUCCUGGAAGAUGUGCUGCGGGACGCAUGUACGUAUGUUGAGUAUCGCAACGCCAAAACUGUCACAGUGGAAGAUGUCUUGCACAGCCUCCGACGCAGAGGAAGAACCCUGUACGGCUUCGACCAGGACACCUGGUCAGAGCAAAAACCUCAGCGUCGUCAAGACGGCAGGAAGAGGCCCUUCAGGGCGGACAGGAUCUACUAG